AUGUUAUUGCGGAAGUCUUUUAGUACCAGGAUCAAGUUCAUAUACCUUUGUAGAAGGUACUCAUUCGUAGCCGAUGCUGUGAACGAAUGUCGGCAGCAACAAAAGUUUCUAGAAGAGUAUAAAGUGAGAACAGUGUUGGAGCAACCCAUCGUGCACUACUCAAAGAAGAAUCUCCCACAUUUCCUGGUGAACGAACUAUAUAAUCAAUCUGCGCGUCUUUCGCCAUCUUUCAUCUUACAGAAUGCCAGAGAGACAAUCGAGCAAUUGUUGGUGUUCAACGCUCGCAGGUUAAAAGAGUUUCGCAAACUUCCUUACUUGGCAAUCUUGAACCCUUCCAUUCUGGAGAACUACGAUGUAUAUUUAGAGCUGAUGAGCAAGUUGCUAAAUGCCAGCUUGUAUACCCCACACACUUUGCAGGAGAAUAAAGAUUUCGCUGAGGAAGUUUUGACAAAGUUUAUUGAGGCACAUGCCGAUACCUUACCAAGUCUAUCCAAAGGCUUUAGGGAAGUGGAGAACUUGUUGACUCCCAGCCAAGUCAAACACUUUUUGGAUAACCACCUUAAAGAGAGGAUACGAAUGAGACUUAUUGCGCACCAGCACAUUGAACUUACGAGGUCUUUGAACAACCCGGAAACAUUUGUUCCUGGAGGAAAGUAUAAUGGUGUGAUUAAAUUGCUUAAUGUGUUUGAUGUGAUAAAGAACAAUGUGGAGCUUGUAAAUGACAUUACUAUGUUGCAAUACGACCAAUCAGUAGCCGUCGAAAUCGAUUCGAAUUUGAAGCCAGGCAAUACUACGGGCUUGGCAACCACCACCACCACCACCUCCACCACCACCAACACAACAAAAGAAGGAGCCGAAGCAAGUCUGAAUGGGGAACUCUUGUUUCCUUAUAUUGAAUACCAUCUUGACUAUGUUUUUAUGGAAUUGCUUAAGAAUUCAUUCCGUGCACAUAUCGAAAACAAAGUUUUAGACCCCGUGCGAAUCACCGUAUCCAUUACCGACUCCGACGCAAGCGGCAUGGAAAUUAGAAUUAGGGAUAAAGGUAAAGGGAUUCCGACAAAGGAGCUAGACCAUGUUUUCGACUAUUCAUUCACCACAUACGAAGGUAACGAAGGUGAAGGAUUCAAGACUUUAAAUGUUCCUCCUGAAGAACUAGGCGGAGGAAAGAAUGUUGCUGGUAUGGGAUUCGGAUUGCCAUUGGCAAAGCAGUACAUUGAGGUAUUCAACGAGGCAGUCGAGGGGCUGCAUACAUAUGAGGCUGAAACAGGUAAGAGACGAUCAAAGGGUCUGUUGAGCGUGCAAACUUACCCUGGAUGGGGCACCGACGUCUAUUUAAAGACAGCCAAUAUAUAG